AAAUGAAGUGGAAAGGAAUAGUUAUUGCUGCCAUCCUGCAGGCAUGGCUCCCAAUUACAGAUGCUGAGACACUAGGACUGGCAGAUCCAAGAUUAUGUUUCAUUCUGGAUGGGGUCCUCGUGAUUUAUGCUAUAGUCAUCACAGCCUGUUUUGUAAAAGCAAAGUUAAGCCAAGGCCGCCCAGAGCACACAUCUUCUCAAAACACAGACAACUUAUAUAAUAAAUUGUCUCCUGGACGCAGAGACGAAUAUGAUUCACUGGGAGUCAAAAAGACAGAUGAUGACAUUGAAAAGGGAGGAAGAAACCAGCACAGAAGAAAUAAACCUCAGGACAGAGUUUACACUACUCUACAGAGGGAUAAAAUGGGGGAAGCAUACAGUGAAAUUGGCAAGAAAGGAGAGAGGCACCGUGGCAAAGGCAAUGAUGCAGUUUAUCAGGGUCUCAGCGCAGCCACAAAGGGCACCUAUGAUGUCCUUCAAAUGCAACCGGUGCAGACUCCUUAUUAGCUACUAUUGAAUGAAAAAAGACAAAGACAUGGAUAUAUUUCCAGUCAGGACCCUCCUGAUCAUCACUCAAGGUGGCAGUUCAUGUACGCAGGAAACACAGAAAUGAAAGCUCCUUUUUCCUGCUAAUUUUGAACUUACAGCUUUUAAAAAUAUACAUAUCUGCUCAAUGUGCUCAGCUCAGUUUUAAGAGCAGAAGUUAUAAUUGCUGCUUGCUUUAUCUAGGAAGAGUUAUUUGAAGCUAAAUAUGUAAAAAACAAUAAACCAUUCCCCUGAUACUUAGUUCCUUACCAUCAGGAAUACAGAGUACCAACAACCACCCUUUAUUUAUGCUGUAGAUUUGGCAUUGUUUUUGUAGGAUGCUUAUAUGUGUAAAGAAGCAGUGGUGGGUUUGGGACUGUGGGGUGUAUGCAGUGUAUUACAGCAAGGCAUCACUAUUGUCUUUCACCAAAUUCCAAAGACAAGCCAGAAAUAAAUGUUUCAACAAGUGUCCUUCAGUUAUUUUGCCCUACCGGCCAUAUCAGGAUACAUUGGAGCCAGAGUUCAUUCAUCAGUUUCAAAUCCUGAUUAAGACAGAAUCCUGAGUAGCACUGAACAAACUAAUUUUUCUGGGCUAAUGUGGUGAUUAACAAAUAUUUCAUGCCAAUCAUUUAAUCCUGUUUAUACAGAAUUAAGUUUCCAUGUGUCCUAUGGAUCUUGUGCUCUAGUAAAUGUAGUUAGGAUUAUAGGUCCAAAACACACUGCAGAAAUAAUCCAGUCUGAGACUGCUUUAACUGCCCAGGCAGUGCUAGGGAAUCCUGGGAAUUGUAGUUUAUUGUGGCACCAGCGCUCUCUGACAGAGAAGGCUAAAUGGCUCACAAAACUACAGUUCCCAGAAUUCCCUAGCAUUGAGCCAGGGUACAGGGGUCUCAAACUGGAUUAUUUCUAGUGUGUUUUGGACCAUAAUGUGAGAGACUGGGAAGGCUAUGUCAGCAAAAACUACCAACACCAGUCUUUUUAUGUUUAUUUCAAACUUCCAUUGUGAGAAUUAUGUUCUAUAUAUAAUUUGGGUUUUGGUUUUGUUUGUUUUUUGGUAUCUAGUGCCUUUAUCUAUGAAUUGUUUUACUCUCACUGGAGGGUAUGUUUUCUGCUUCUGCUUGGAGUGUCAGGCUAAUUGACUAAAAAAAAAAGGCUCUUACACUUCAUGUUGCACUGGCAAAUUACAGAGAGAGAGGCAGACAGAAACAGAGAAAGAUGAACUACUAUUACCAGAGAAAGCAAAAAUGAACCUUAAAAUUUCCUUGUGGAGAACUUCCUUGAUCAUGAUAGUACUUCUUGUUUCAGCUAGUUGGUGGAACAGCUUGUUGCAGCACUAGGUGGGUGCUGUAUAUAUACUCUCUCUCUCUCUCUCUGUGUGUACACUGAACUAGCUAUGACUGAAACGAGCAAACUGGAAAGAGAUCUCUGCUCUGGUGCCACAACAAACCACUAUUCCCACAAUUUCAUAGCACUGAGCCAUGGCAGUUCACAUGCUAUCAAACCGGAUUAUUUCAGCAGUGUGGAUGCAGCCUUAAAUCCGAAAUUGCAAAAGUGCACCUCUGAAUCUCUAAACCUGCUAAGUGACUAAGAUUUUAGUUAAUAAUACAUUUAUGUUUCUGUUGAUAUAAUGAAAACCAAUAUUCUCUGUAUUUUAAAUAAAUUUUUAUUUAAGACA